AAAUCCUUGCCUUCUAUUCACUUCGCCUUUUCUUUCUUCAGUGUACUCCAAGCUUCCAUUUCCAUGUCCUCUAACAAGCCAUCACCAUCUUCAAUGCCUUCAAGCCCUAAUCCAAGAAGUUCCGAAAUCAGUAACCCCAUUAGAAGGAGUUUCACCGGAAACCCCUUCGGCAAACCCUCAAUUGUCCCAAGCCAUGGAGCCAAAACUCCCGCCAACAGCCCUUUAGAUUUUUCUAGAAGAGGUUCUGGUGGGGUUCGCGAAAGCGGAGGGUCGCUGAGGGACUCCUUGGAUGACAAAGAAAAUUGGAAAGAUCAAAUUUUGAAACCGGUGAAGGUUCGAUCACCAGCUGUUUGCUCAAAGGGCUCAAAGAAUUUCAUGUCUCCAACCAUUUCUGCUUCCUGCAAGAUCAACGAGUCUCCCCGAAAGAGAGUCCUGACUGAGCGGAACGAGAUGGUUCCAAGUCCCGUGGAUUCGAAAAGCCACGUUCGUAAGGUAAGUUUUGCUGAUCCCUUGGAGGAAGGCCCCAGGUCUUCCUUGACUAGUGAGGAUUUGAGUGGUGACAGUGAAACUUUGAUGUCAAAGAAUGAUACAGAUUCGUCUGUUGAAACUUUCAGUAGCCUGAGUGUGAAUAAUCUUCUGGUUACAGAGGAUGACAUUCACACUGAACCAUCGUUUGAAAAUGAGCCUGAUUGUGUUAACCUUGACCCUACUUUUAAGCUUAGCCCCACUGCCACUCCUCCUGUUUCAUUGAAAGCUACCGUGGUGGCCCCUCUUGGUGCAGAUCCCUUGAUACCUCCUUAUGACCCUAAAACCAACUACCUCUCCCCUAGACCGCAGUUUCUUCACUACAAACCUAAAUCACGAAUUGAAAUCUUCAGGGAAAGGGAAUUAGAGGACUGUUUCAUAUCUGGAAGCUUUUCGGAUUCAGAAAUCACGGAGGAUACCCAAUCUGAAGGCUCGCAGAAGGAAUCGGAUGUUUCUUCGGAUGUAAUUGUGAAGGAAGAAGAGUGUGGCCAGAUCUCCGAACCGAGUCCUGCUAAGGAGACUCUCAUGCCAGUGGAGUUUGCUGAAGCAAAAGAAGUGCCAAAACCACGUUUCACGGUGAGAGCAAAGGCUGCUGCUCUGAUUUUGCUUCUUGCAGUUGCUUUUGUAUCGAUCUCGGUCACAGAUUCUCCUGUGAUUGAUCGAACUGUGUUUGAAGACCCCUACAAGGUAUCUUCUGAAUUUUCAGUGUUUGCAAGAGCUAAAUUUGAUCAACUCACCCAGUUUGCAGAAACAAAUUUUGAUGAGAUAACUCAAAAUUUGCAAAUUUGGUUUACCAAGUUGCUGUUAUCGUUAUCUGAAUUUGUUUCGGAUAUUAGAGGGAUACACAACUUGGCCAAGUUGCAAUAUUAUAAUUUGACGGUUCAGCAGGACUAUUCCAUGGUGAAUCAGUAUCCUAUAUUUGGUGGCGGUGAAAAUGAAAUAGGUGAGACUCAUGCACCAAUAUGGGACAUCGAAGAAAGUGUUGUUGCCGCAGAUAUUGUCAGUGAUAUUGAGGAGGAUAUUUCCGAGGAGCAUUAUAAAGUACAUGAAGAAGAAGUUCGGCGCGAUAUUGCUAGAGUUACUGAAGUUGAAAAUGUUUUGCAUGCUCCAGAAUCAGAGCAGCUGGCUGAAGCAGGAAGCUUGGAUAUUGCUACCAUUAGUGGAGUUACUGAAGUUGAAAAUGUUUUGCAUGCUCCAGAAUCAGAGCAGCUGGCUGAAGCAGGAAGCUUAGAUAUUGCUAUCAUUACUGGAGAUGAAAAUGUUUUGGAUGCUCCAGAAUCAGACGAAGUACUCAAUAUGGUAGAAUCAGAGCAACUGGCUGAAGCAGGAAGCUUAGAUAUUGCUACAAUUACUGGAGUUGAAAAUGUUUUGGAUGCUCCAGAAUCAGAUGAAGUACUCAAUAUUGUAGAAUCAGAUCAUCGGGCAGGAAACUUGGAAGCAAACCUGGCACAAGAAGCUGAGACUAACUUAAAUGUUGAAAACCAGCCAAGUUUGAAUUCGGAGGUUGCUGAAAUUAGUAUUGAAGCGUAUGACUCAGAUACAAGUCCGGCACAAGAAUAUGAUGUCAACAGGCAAAAUUUGGAUUUUGAUGUUGCAGAGGAAAAAUCAACAAGCAUAGAUGCUGCAAUCAAAGGGGAUGAAGGGCAAUUAGAAGCAAUUCAAGUCCAUUCACAUGUGGUGCUAUAUUUACUGCUAGGUGCUGGUACUGUUAUAAUUGCAGGUGCAGGUAUCAACUGGUCUAGGAAGGGUAAAAGCAAAAGCUCAAGCUCGAUGAAGCAACCUCUGCAGUUGCAUAAGGUCUCCUUUCCAUCUAAUAACCAGCAGAUUUCGCCAGAGAAGUCAUGUGGGCCCAUAGAAAUGGACGUGAUUGAAGAUUCAUCGUGUCCUUCAGAUACGGGCAGCUUUCAGCAAAGCUCGUUCUACAGCGAAAAAGUAGCGAAUGAAGGUGACAAACCAGUCCCUGAGAAGAAGCGUAAGAGUAACUACAGGAGAGAAUCUUUAGCCUCUUCUUCAUCAGACUAUUCCAUGGAUUCCUCAUCGUAUGGAAGCUUAACUGUGUACGAGAAAAUUUCAAUGAAGCAGGGACAUGGGGAUGAUAAGGUGAUCACUACUCCUGUAAGGCGUUCAAGUAGAAUUAGAAACCAAGUCACUUCUCCUUCUUAGACGGAUUUUGGGUUAGUGAGUGUUUAGUUUUUAGUUUGCAAUUGUUGAACCGAUCCAUGGGUGUGCAACUGUCAUUGAAUGGAAAACCAACACAAUCCCUAGUGUUAGUUAACGUAGGAUUAGAAAGCUUUGCCAAUUUCUCUUUUGUAAGCUGACCAGCAUAAGCUGUUACUGUGUAAGCAGAAGUGUCUAUCUUCUGAAUCUUGACGGUGCAGCAGAAAAAAUUUAUUGUUGAGCGAAUCACUGAUUAUUUAUUGAUUUAUUAUAUAUGACUACUGCAUUUUACUUCUUA